AUGCUGAUUCGUUGAACGCGGCACGUGUAUAGGUACAACCAGUUACCAAAUCGGACAUUUCUGAGAUUCCUCGUUCCGACUAGCACAUGAACGCGGUAUUACCAUUGCUCAACUUGAAAUAAAGAAUAUAUCUCGAGGAUUCCAGUUUAAUAUUACAAAAAAAAACAGCCUAUUUGUUAAACAUUGUUGUUUUGUGAUCCCUGGUUUUCUUGCGUUCCGAGUGACGUUAACGAGAUUACCACCUUGAAACUCCUCCCAACAGUUCCGUUGUGAGCUCUCUCACCCACAAGAAGAACUAAAAAGAUCUGACAGCAGUUACUGCUCCCCAUCCACAUUCUCCGGGAUAGUCACUGGUUUUCAAUGUCCAGCCUGCUCUUUUGUUUCUGUGAUUUGGACCAUACAUAUAUGGCGAAUGUGAGCGUCAGUGGAGACUUCUGCCAGGCACAGCACCUCGCCUUCGUGGACAAGUGAAUCGUCCGCCCCCCUCAGGACUACGCUACCCAGAAGCCCCCCUGAAGCCAGCACACUGGGAACCUCUGUCUCCUCCAACGUCCCCUGGGAUAUCGCGUAGUCCAAGGCCAAAUUGCCCAGCUCUGUCCCCUGAGCGGCCAAUAAGAAAACUGCCUAGUUCUUCUCUACUUCCUGCUUUCUCUCCCAGAAGCCAAUCACAUACCACUCUCCUGAAUGGGCCGUCUCGCCAACAUGAACCGCCCUGCAGCAGUGGAGAUUACCUACGAGGGCAUGAGGUUCCUCAUCACACACAACCCCACCAACGCCACGCUCAACAAGUUCACUGAGGAGCUGAAGAAGUUUGAGGUGAACACGCUGGUGAGAGUGUGUGACGCCACCUACGACAAGGCCCCAGUGGAGAAGGAGGGGAUUGAAGUUAUGGACUGGCCCUUUGAUGAUGGUGCCCCGCCCCCCACCAAGAUAGUGGAUGACUGGUUGAACCUGCUUAAGACCAAGUUCAGAGGCGAGCCUGGCUGCUGUAUUGCCGUGCACUGUGUGGCGGGGCUGGGUCGAGCUCCAGUCAUGGUGGCCUUAGCGCUGAUUGAAACUGGGAUGAAGUAUGAGGAUGCGGUGCAGUUCAUACGACAGAAGAGACGUGGAGCGUUCAACUCCAAGCAGCUUCUUUACCUGGAGAAAUACAGACCCAAGAUGCGUCUGCGGUUCAAGGAUGCCAACGGCCCCAACUGUUGUGUCCAGUAAAGUGUCUGUGUGCAGCGUCUCAUCAAGAAUACAGCAGCUAGUGGGAACAACCUUAUUCCAACCAAGGGGGGAGAGAACUAUCAGUAAUUAUUGUGAUUUGUUACCACUGAGACAUGGCUAAUUGAUCACAGAAUCAAUUAAUCAACGAGCGAAUGAUUACAUUUGAAUGAAUGCAAAUCUAGGGGUCCAACCAGCCGAACCAAUGAACAAGAAGGUCAACGCACACAGAUAUAGGCCCGCCUCCAAGUUACCAGUGUCAUAACACGGGCACAUAAUUCUUUUCAGCGUUUUUAUUUUCAGCUUUGAAUCAUGGGAUAGCUGUUUAUUUUAAACCUACAUCGAAGUUUUAACAAACAAAAUCUACAAAUGUUAUCAAUAUUGACAAUUUGUUUAUUUUUCUAUUAAUGAUAUGAAUUAUGGAUUUGCCCAGGGUUAUGUACCUUUUUUUAAAUGUUUGUAAACCCUUCAGCACAUUAGAAGAAAAAUGAAAAGUCACUGUCCAUUUGGCUAUUGAUGUAUUUUUGUACAACACAAAAUCUCUGAAAAGUUCCACUUGAAAAUGCAGUAAUGUUUUUCUCUCUACCCCACUUGCUUGAUGUCACUUUUUAAUUACUGGGUUGGCUGGGUUUUAAAUAUGUCCGCUGUAUUUAUUCACUGGCUGUAACUAGCAAGGCAGUCUGGGGUUGGGGGCAAGGACACUUUUCUGUUUCUCAUUUUAUUCUAGAGCCAUGUUUUCAUUUUCUUAAAAAAAUAAUUAAAUACAAUCUUGCGGGAGUGCAAUAUUCAGUCCACCUCGGAAAAGACCCCAAACCCCCUUAUGACCAUCACACACAGAGCCAGUUUCACAGGAAGACACUUGGCUAGUCUUACUGUAGGUACUUUUUUCCAUUCACCAAGGCUGCUUACUGGGUUUCCAAUAGGACUUUCCUACAAUGACUGUGCAUGCACACACACACACACACACACACACACAAUGAUCUCAACCGUUAAUCCCUAGUCUCACUCUGAAGGAAAAGAAAGCAAAUGGUCAGUUUCUUUUUUAUCUUACCCAUUUUGAAGAUAUCCUCAAUUCCUAUUGGUUUUAAAAUAAAUAAAGAAAUGGAGAUGAGAUUUA